CAGACACAUACAGACACAUACAGAUACACAGCAUACCGGCAACAAAAAAUGUACACAGCUAUCAACCGACUCGCCGAAUCCCAAGUGCCGCUAAAGAAGAUCGGUCAAGGCUUUUGUGGCACUGUCUGGGGGGAGAACGACCACGACCACGAACAUCUCCACCUUGCGCUGAAGCGAGAAGACGGCUGCCCAUGGCGCUCCAUUGUACACGAGCAUCGGAUACACGAGCAGAUUCUUAAAGCCAUCCAAAAUACUAUUAGUGAUGGCGACUUCGGGAAAUUUCGAGUCAACUUUCCAUUUUGUGAAGGACUCCUUACCAGAGACUCGCCACACUGGUCGCAAAUCCUCCCGCGGCUUCCUCCAGCCUUUGAGCCUUGCAAUGCCCUGGUGAAUGAGAGGAUUCCGUCUAUGCCCCACCGCGUCCGCAUACUAUUAUAUCGCACCUUUCACCCAGAGGUUAUGGGUCACCCAGAGGUUAUGGGACUCCCAGCGGCAGCCACUGUCAUCAACAACCACUGCUUAGUCCGCCCAUAUCUAGGACGUCGCCUGUUCGGGCCACGAAUGAUUCCAAGAGCUCGGCCCAGCCGGUUGGUGGUGUUUGGCAUUCAGAACUUCCUCCUUCAUCUCGACCAAAUUGACCAGCUCGGUCUCCCAGCCAAGGAUUAUGCUGUUGCUAUGGCAGACACCCUCGCGUUCCUCUACUGGACGGCCAGAGUCGACGCAAAUGACGUCGAAUUUGUCCUGGCUCCUACUCGUAGGUCCUCCUCCGAAGCCGCGGCAAUCAGCCCAGGAAUCGGAUCCGUCAUGUUCCAGUCCGAGGCCCUUGGAACCCACGCCAUGUGGGUACUCGACUUUGAUUGUUGUAGGGACAUGGCAAUGGACGAGGCCGGGGUCAAACAGGCGGCUACGGCCUUCUUACGCAACGAUCCGUUCUUUCCUAGACCACCGAGUAGUCGUGAUACGACGGCCUCUGAAGAGCAGCUCUGGGAUACGUUCCAGUCACGCUUCUUAGAAACGAGUCACUCGAUCCUAAAGGAGGAGGGGAAAUCUGUGCAACAGCUACCUGUGUUGUUGAUAGAGGAGAUCGUGAGGACUUGUAGAGAGCGGCAGGGCCCUGGUGCCGUUUAAUAGGUGUGCCGAGUUGAGGGUAUUAGACUAAGUAUCGCAAGAUAAAAAUGCUAAUUUUUUCCACUAA